AUGGGCAAAAAGAUUGCCACUGCACGCCCAGGAUGCGCCGCCGGUGAAAUCGCGGACGACCUCCUACGCGACGUCUUGGCGCGCCUGACGGGCUGGCGGGAUCUCCUGCGCUGUGCUGCCACCUGCAAACGGUGGCUCAACCUCGUCACCGAUCGGGCCUUCCUCCGACGGGCCGGCCUCUGGCCGCACACGGCGCCACACCCGUCCGUCCUCGUUGGGGUCUUCUCGCAGAACUCGUUUGCUUGCAGCCCGUGUUGUUUCGAGAAGAAUUAUCCGCGUUGCCCCUCGCAGUUCUUCAGCCUCCAGGCUGCUGGCGACGACGGGAAACUUCUCGUCGACUCUUUCUUCGCCGAUGACGAUGGGCUCUUCAGCUUUGCCCAGCCACUGGCAUCGCGUCGCGGUCUUCUCCUCGUGUGCGUCCACCCCAUCGGCCGGAAGCUCCAACUGGCUGUAUGUCGCCCGAUGGGCGACAAGAGGAACACGCAUCUUCUACCACCGCCUGCGGCCAUGGACACGAUUGGAUUCCGGGAACACGAUUUUACAGGCUAUGCGCUUCUCACCGACGCGGACUACGGCGAUGCUGAUGUUGGUAAUUUGGUGGAGCAUCGGCAACAACACACUUUUCGCGUGGUCUUGAACUACACCGACCGCGACGGAUCCGCGUCUGCCUGCGUCUACUCCUCGGCUACAGGAAGCUGGAGCGCUCCCAUCAGGUGUCACUGGCCAUCCGCCCUCUUCAGGUGUGGACCGAGUGCUGGCCUUGUCAUCCAUAGCACGGUGCAUUGGCUCUACAUGUGCAAUGACGACAACUUCUAUACCUUCAAUGUUCUUAGGAAAGUUGCAGGUCCAGCUAUCAGACCACGGUACGCCCAAGGCAAGUUCGACUGCUCCUGUGCAAGCUUCAAAGUUGUGAAGAUGCUGAAGAAGCGGAGGCAAGAGCCCUGUUGCAAGCACUACAGACUUGCGUCCAGCAAGACAUUCGGCCUGAGGAAGUGGAAACUGAUAGCUCGAUAG